GCAAUAAGCUUGGAGAUAUUGGAGCACACUUGCUACACACUCUCAAGUCUCACCCUCUCUUUUGCUCAGCCUCUUCUUGAUCUUCAGUAGUGCAAAGGCAGCUGUCUUUCUUCACUAGGUGAGACUCUCUGUGUGUGUCGAUUCAGGACUUCUCUGGAACAUGGGAAUUUUGUAGGAUCUUCACAUGAUUUAAGUUGAAUUCCUCGGUUCCAAAGGAGGUCUUAAUGUUUUUGGUGUUCCUCAGCAAAGCCAUUUCUUAACCACACAAGAUAAAGGUGUGGUUUGUAUGGGCUGUGUAUCAUCAAAGCAGUUCAAAGGAGCUGCAGAGCAUGAGGAUCCUGCUGUCCUAGCCAAGGAGACCACUUUUUCUGUGAGCGAAGUGGAGGCCCUGUAUGAGCUGUUCAGGAAGAUAAGCCAUUCCAUAUUCAAAGAUGGGCUUAUUCACAAGGAGGAGUUCCAGCUAGCCCUCUUCAGGAACAGCAACAAGAAGAACCUUUUCGCCGAUCGGAUAUUUGAUCUCUUUGAUCUGAAACGCAAUGGUGUUAUUGAUUUUGGGGAGUUCGUUCGAUCCCUCAACAUUUUUCACCCGGAAACGCCUUUGGCAGAUAAGAUUUCCUUUGCAUUUAGAUUGUAUGAUCUAAGAGGAACUGGAUAUAUUGAACGCGAAGAGCUGUACGAAAUGGUACUUGCCAUUCUUAAUGAAUCGGAUCUGCUCCUUUCUGAUGAAGCUGUUGAACAGAUUGUGGAUCAGACCUUCAGGCAAGCAGACUUAAACAGCGAUGGGAAGAUCGACCCUGACGAAUGGAAGGCGUUUGCGAGUAAAAACCCGGCUUUGCUGAAGAACAUGACCCUUCCAUACCUGAAGGACAUAACAAUGGCGUUCCCCAGUUUUGUUCUGAACUCUGGGGUUGAUGAUGAAGAGUUGUAGCAUCCAUGAGUGCACUCCAUGCUCUUCCUUGUAUUGGUCAUGGGAGCAGAGCGAGCUCAGCUUGCUAGGCAUCAGUGACUUCAGAGCUCAGAUACAGAGAUGAUCUGAUUAGGGG